CAGAGCGUAAAAUGAAAUCGCGACAAGAGACAACCUUCCUCGGCCAAAGUGCGACAGUGAAGGCAAAGCUGAGAAUAAGCGACAAAGAACGGUUGUUUGGAUAAUUUAUCACCAGUCUGAAUGCCAAGAAGAAGUAAUUUUCGUCAAUUUUCCUUGCGCUUCAGGACCUUCAGAGAACGUCUCUGGUUAGUGAGCUUAUAGUGGACUCUCCUCAGUCCUGUGAAUUGUGUUAAUUGUGAAUGGAGAUGUAUAGGUUUUCGACACGCGACAUGUUAACUGAGAAAUUGCAGAACUGUAAUGGUUCAGUUUACAACGCAUCGCUAUCCCCCUUUUCUAAAAUUCCGACAAAGACAAAGAAUUUUCGUUUAAUUUCCGACAGCGACGUGAAGCAUUUUUAAACACAGACACAAGGCAUUUUAAAAUGCAGACGAGCGACAUGGGAGCCCCCCCCCCCGGCAGGGUCUCAAUUAAGGCAAAUAAUUUUGCAAGAGUAAGUUUAACAAUGCCUUGGUUUUCCCUGCCUGCAAGCAGAGGCCGCUUUUCUGCUAGCAUGCAGCUAGGAACAUCUUUUGCGUCAAUGCCAUCAAAUUAUUUUCUAUUAUGAGUUAAGACUUAAACUUUCAUUUGUUGACCAUUCGAUGACAAAACAAGAAAGAUGGAAAUAUCUUCCCCAGAAUUAAUAUAACGAUCAAGAGAAGUUACGUCAUGUUUUCUAUGCUUCUGUUACCCGGUGGUUACGCAUUGCCUAUAUCAUGCUUUGCUGCUUGACUUCUUACUGAUUGGUUUUGUUUUUAAAUAUAUCAUUCAAAAAGUUUUUGAAUGAUAUUUAAACUCGUUUCAGAAAAGUUUUGGUUUGUUCUCAGCAUACAAGAAAUCAUUAUCAUAUCUGAUCGGUAAUUCAAGAAAAAAAAAUCGCUCUGUUAAGAUAUGUAUUUUGUUAUGACCCUCUGUGAUCCAUACCCUAUGCUGUGCGGCAGGACACCUCUUUCAUUUCUUUUAUUCAGUGUUAUAAGUAAAGAAGUGUUCUGAAAAUAACCGUUCCAUUUCAUGGAGCAAACCACAGGGUGGCAAUAAAUUUCUCAUUGUGCUCUGCAAAUGAACAAUUCUCGUUUUAUAAACGAGCUGGUCCUUAGUUGAUUGUAGUUUAUAUAAGAAACUCAGUCUGCUACUCAACCCAAGCGAUAAGAACAGCUGGCAGUCUUGUUUAAGCUAAAAUUUUCCAAAUAUCAUGCAUCUUAGAAAACGUUCCAAAGCAGUUACUCAGUAUGUUUCGCUUCUUUAUUGUUUAGAGAGAUAUCCGGUAGGCAGGGGCACCCAACGAGAAUAUAGUUCAAACCACUAAAACAUAGCAUUGGUAAAGGUAUUUUAGUAUUUAAACAGUAGAUAUAGGCAUAUUUUUAUCCCCUAAAAAUGUUUCAUCUGUUCGGAUUUCUUAGCUGAAAGUGUAGUGAUCCGAAAAUUAUAGGGAUCAAAACUCACCUUUUCGAAAAUUUCAGCCAGAAAAAAGGCUCCCGAAAAUUCUAGGUGACCUUUUUAGAGUAAAAAUCCGUUAAAAAUAGGCAAUUAUACCAUAUUUUAGAUGUUCGAAAAUCCUAGGAGAAGCAGGCAAGCAAGAAAUUUUACAACAAAUGUUCCGAAAAUUCUAGCUCUCAAAUCGUCUUCCGAACAGAUAUUUUUCCGAAAAUUGUCGUUGGGUGCCCCUGAGUAGGGAAUGUUCAUUGUAGCUAUCGAUAUUCGGUGUCUCUUACAGAAGGCAAAAACUCGGUCAUCCACUAGAGUGAGAGAUUGGGCCGUUUCCAUUUACAGAGCGGAACCAAUAUUCAAGGUCUUAAACUCAAUAAAAGUCUACUACCCCUUUUCAUUGGCUUGAGAAAAUCGACCUGAACAAAACUCCUGCCGAGCCUAAAACUGCAUGCAAGCACGGGGAGAAAAUGCUGGAAAAUUCCGCGAGGUCAAGAGGGUUUCUGAAUCACAAUAAUCGAAAUAUGCUUGCUAUAUUUAGCCAGGUAAUUUAAACAUUAGGGAACGGGAGGGAGUUGCCGGCACGGAUUAAGAUCAAGGAAAAUGAAUCAUUCUUUUAACCUCAGCAUGACGGAAUGUAAAUUUUUACCACAACUUCAAAGCCGACGAGCUUCUUUCAAUAGCCAUCAACUAAUCGACAGUUUGUUUGUUUCUGUGCAGAAAUCGUAUUGUCCCAAAUUGGCUGGUUCCAAAAAACGCAGUGAUCCGUUAUAGUGAAAUUAAAUUCCAGAGCAUUUUAACACAGCACCAUACGCGCUGUGAUCAGUAUAGUCGUCCCUUUCUCUGAGUGAAGGCGUAUCUCCGUCACUACUAGCUACUACUGUACCACGGAUGGUGGUCGAAAAGCCGUAAAAUCUAGUCGCUGUUGUAACUCUAUUUGAACUUAUUAUCUUCGGAUACUACAAAAAGGUAGGCAUGCGCAAUAGGGAUAGGAUAGGCAUGCAAGAUAGGGAUAACGUGGCUUUAAUGGAACGACUACAAGUUCCACAAAACAAAGCAACGCGUAUAAUUUUAUAUUUACCUCCUUAUACAGGCUCGAGAUAAACUUGGGUGGAAAUUGCUCGGAAGAGGAAGUGCUAUAAGCGUCGUUUUAAUUCUUUAUGUUUAAGAUCGACGGUCAGGAAAUAUCAACCAUCGAGUGGCAGGAGUUGAAAUAUCGAUUUCCUUCAUUUUUUUUGUCCAUAAAUAGCUUUUAGGUAGAUAAGUAAUCUGAUAUAAGUCGUUCUUGCAAAAAGCCUUUUAUUUUCGAGAAAAGUAAGAAUAUCAGUUUUCGUGGUCGGAGUCUCAAAAUGGCCGUAUUUUCAACCCGAAAUUUGCUAACAUCAACUCUUCUCGCGUUCGAAAAUAAAGGCGCAAGGAGAAAUUUGGACACUUUCCAUCAAUAGAACAACUCUUCUUCUUUCACUAGAAGAUACUUUCAAAGCAAUAGCAAGACUCGUUGAACUGAUGAUUCAAAAAGGAAGAACAAGUUUUUACGGUAACAAAAACUUUAAUUUAGUAGUUGUUUUCUGCGGCAUUAUUCUUUAUGUGGUAUAGCUCCAAAUUUUCCCAGUCCUCGUUUAUUCACACAUUUAGACAUUUAUCUAAAGCAUACCUGAGAAUUGGCUUGGGUUCCUGAAGGCAGCCUCCAAACGAAAGCAUCGAAGUCUGGUAAAUAUAGUGAAGCGUGACCAAAAUAACUUAUUUAACGGCUCCAAGUUUCCUCGAUCGUAAAGAGACAAGACGAAAUAUCUUCCUGUUCCGUCAUCCUUAGCGAAUAACCAUUGUUAAAGCCCUUAUUUCUCGAUAAAAAGUAAGUACCAGAAUACCAGCGCGUUUGAUUUUUUCUUUUUCAAAAUACUGUCGGCAUCGGAAAUGUUACUCUUUCAAGAAAGGCGUUGCGUUACUACCGUGAUUCCGUGACUGUCAGUUUAAUGGUCCCGUCUCUUCAAACGUACGUUUAAUAAGGUUUUAGUUCCCAUGGUAAAAUCAUAUGUAAUUGGCUCGCGUUUUUUUGUUACCGAGCAUAACGAGCAUUUGCCUGUGUUGAAGACAAGCUUCCAUUCAACACUCCAUUCAACUAGAUUAUCAAUAAUCUGAAUAAUCUAAUUCAUCAAUAAUCUAAUUUAAAUAAUCGAUUAUCACUAAUCAAUAAUUGAUUAUCAACAAUCUUAUUUCGUUUUUUUGUUUCACAGGUGCAGACCAUGAAGAGUAUUUUCGUUUGGGGUUUCCUGAUAACUGCUCUUUUUCAGCCUGGCGUGUCAGAUAUAUACUUGCAUACUCCACCAGGAUCAAACAAUCGACUGAGCGGUGAAGGUGCAGCAGUCACGAAUGCCAACAGACUGUUUGAUUCACAGGUAGAUGGAACUGCAGUGUUUAUCCUCAUGAUGCUGCGAAUAAUUUAAAGCGAUUUUCUUUUCGAUUGGUGAAUUGUCACUCACUUUCCACGCUGAUGGCCAAUUAUCCUCUAACACACAAUUUUGACGUACGGCUGGCCGGUCUUGCGGCCUUGUGUCCCCGCCGGGAUGAAGAGGUUGAGUGAGUGAGUUGGCCGGUCUUCCCCUCCCUUUGCUGCCAUCUAAUUAUAAUAGCAGCCAAACAGGAUACGGUUGACACAUUGUCUCCAGUAUUUCGUAGCAGUUACUCUGAUAUUCCUUAUAAUCGGCUACAAGCAAUGCCUGCAAUGCCUUCCCGCCAUCUUAAGAUUAUGUGAAUUUUAUCAUUUUGGUUUCCUUUACGUAGAAUAAUGGCAACGCUGGACACAACGUUGGGGACAAGCUGGGUAGUAAGAAAAGCCCCCUUCCAGAGACCGAUCAGCUACCACAGGUAAAUUAAUUUCUAUCACUGAGAGGAAAAUUGGGCUUUUAAAACAGUUACGUACCACUUUAUACUUAUGCAGAAUGAGAUACAAAUGCGACCAUGUAUCAUAAAUGAGCAUUGAUGGCUGCAUUCGCAAGCUACAAUACUCGUCACAAAUCUUGAAACACUUGUGUGAUUUUCUCCUUCCCCAAAGUUGAUUUGGGUAUUACAGUCGUCUCAGUGCUCCAAAAUACGCGUAGCUCAACAUUUGGGAAGGAAAGGAGCAGGCGUCUGUUUCAACGGUUUGUGACGAGUACUGUAGGAACCGAGACAUGCCGAUCGUUGCCAUAGCAAUUUCGUAACUAAUUCUCAGGUGAAAUUAUUAAUUAACGUCGAAAUUCGAGCCAAAAUUAUGAAGUAAUUUGUCACCAUGAUAUUAUUGUUGAAACUUAUUUUUUAAGUAUCAAAUUUAAAAGUGUUGUCAUUUUCCUUAGAUUUAUAAUCAGGUCAUACGACUGUGGCUUUACUUUAAGGUGGCUGAACACAGUUUUGCGGGCGGUCAGCGGUAACUCGCGUUACGGCAUGUGUUUUAAGUUAGACAAACAAACAUGCCGGCGAGAAAAGCAAUGGUACACAGAGGACGAUUUCUCAAAAUCUACUCAUUAAAAUUUUGUGAUAUUUGGCAGAAUUUGUACUUUUCU